GAAGUGGGGCAAAAGGGCCCGGCGCUGACAUUCAUUUCAACGCCUGCUCCAGCAUUUCGCGGACUACGCGCAGCGGCUCGUCCCGCGCCACAAUCACGCCGUUGGGGUCAAUCAGUAUCAAAGUAG